AUGGCUGUAGGCCUUACUCGGACAGUGCGUUCUGAAACGGCAGCAAAAGCGGCGACGUUAGACCUGGACCCUGCGUCUCAACUAGACAAACAUGGCCAAAUUGGUCUUGUUCUACAAGCCUUCAAUAAGGUGUUUAUCGACGAUGAGGUCACUGAUAUGGAAUACUCCGAGAAGAACGGUGUCUUGGUUGUACCACGCAUUGUCAACGAUGAAGAAAUGAAUCUAUUCGUGCACCGUGAGCUCAGUGACUCGGCGCCAUACUUACAGGAAUUCACUCAGACAUCACGGCGUCUCAAGAUGGCCAUAGGCACGACUGGUGCUCUUGAUACGCUGUUCUUCACUGAUGAGGAUGAACACGCGCUUGGUAUGCACGAGGUCGAGAUUCAGGUGAAGGCGACAGGUAUGAACUUCAAAGACGUGGUUAUUGCAAUGGGUCAGCUUCCGAGUCCAUAUAUUGGCAUUGAGUGUGCGGGCAUUGUUUCGCGCAUUGGUGCUAAUGUUACCACGCUGGCUGUUGGCGAUCGUGUUUGUGCUAUGACUGAAGGCGCUUACAGCACUGUCGCAAGGUGCCCAGAGACCAGCGCGGCGAAGAUCCCCGAGACUAUGUCCUUUGAAGUGGCUCCUUCUAUCCCUGUGGUAUACUGCACCGCCUACUAUGGUCUCAUUGAAUUAGGUCGUCUUUGUGAGGGCGAGAGUGUCCUUAUUCACGCCGCAGCCGGCGGCGUUGGUCAAGCCGCUAUCCAACUGGCUCAAAUGAUUGGAGCUAAGGUAUUUGCGACCGUUGGCAACCCAGAGAAGAAGAAGUUCAUCAUGGAUGUCUAUGGAAUCCCCGAAAGCUGUAUUUUCUCAAGUCGUGAUACUUCAUUUGGCCCAGCCAUUCGCGAAGUCACGAACGGGGUGGGCGUCGACGUCGUGAUUAACUCUCUAGCAGGCGAUUUCCUACGUGAAACGUGGGACUGUUUAGCACACUUUGGUCGAUUCAUCGAGAUUGGAAAACGUGAUAUUACAUCUAACACGCGACUUGAGAUGGCAAAGUUCAACUAUAAUGCUACCUUCAGCUCUGUUGACCUGACAGUACUAGCGAAAGAGCGCCCAGCGCACAUGGCUCGCACUUUCAACGCCGUUAUGCGCUUGUUCGAGAACGCCAAAGUCCAGCCCAUAGCACCCAUUACUGUCUAUGGCAUCUCAGAGGUUGAGAAGGCUUUUCGCUUGCUUCAGAGUGGCAAGACUACUGGAAAGCUAGUCGUCAUGCCACGCGCUGGCGAGCAGGUCAAGGCCACGCAUCUAAAAGACACCAAAACUUUCCUCCACGCCCACAGAACUUACAUCAUUAUCGGCGGAACUGGUGGCUUGGGCCGCUCGUUAUCACGAUGGAUGAUUCAAAAGGGCGCUCGCACCAUUCUCUUACUGUCCCGGAGCGGCCGCAUAGAGGGCGCCGUCGCCGAGCUAGUCAGCGAAAUGAAACAAAGUGCUCAAGCUAAUAUCAUCGUGAAAGCAUGCGACGUCGCUGAGAUAGAUAGCGUUACAAGCAUGGUCCUUAGGGAUGUUCUUUUCGAGAAUAUGACCUUCGAUGAUUAUCAGACUGUCAUUCGCUCAAAAGUAGCUGGCGCGUGGAAUAUCCAUAAUGCCCUCUUGUCUACCCCACUGGAGUUCUUCAUCGCUAUUUCUUCGGCAGCUAGUAUCGUAGGGAAUCGAGGUCAAGCAGCCUACGCAGCAGCCAACGCUUUUCUUGAUGCUUUUGCACAGUACCGCAGAAAACUUGGUCUUCCGGCCGCGUCUCUCAACCUCACAGCGGUCACAGAUGUUGGAUACCUAGCCGAUCACACCGCCCGCCAGACUGAAGUUAUGAAAAAUUUAGGCGAUGAGAGCAUCUGCGAAAACGAGGUUUUGGCUCUCUUCAAAGCAGCUAUCACCGGUCCUAUGGCAUCUGCGUGCGACAAUCACUGUCUGACUGGGCUCAAAUUGGGAGGGAAGGGCGCAACCCCUGACCAAUUGCCUUACUUUGCUGCCGAUGCGAAGUUCGAUCACUUGCGCAAUGCAGUUCUAGCCGCAUCAUCAGCUGCUGGUGUUGGUUCCGAGGCCAGCGUCUCUAUUGGCAGGGCACUUGCACGGGCCAAGUCGCAAGAGGAGGCCAUCGACCUUGUUACUACUGGCUUGGCGGGCAAGUUGAGCUCUAUCCUGAUGGUACCUCAAGAGGAUUUGGAUCCUGAGACGCCGAUUACAAAAUAUGGCCUCGAUAGUCUAAACGCCAUUGAGUUGCGUAACUGGAUCACCAAGGAGCUAAGCACGAAUCUUCAGGUGCUUGAGCUCCUGACCAGUGGCUCUCUGACGAACCUCGCAUCGACCAUCAUCAAGAAGAGGUCUCCAGUGGACACUAAGGCCUAA